CCUGCAAACAAUUAGCUCGUUUGCCAGCCCUAAACUGAAGUACUUAGACUAGCACAUUUCACGUACAUAUCGCCAACAGAAUAAGAAACUUUAAUCCUAGCCCGAAGAUUCUCGUUUUGGGUCAAGUGUCAUGGAUGGGUCUGGUUGGGGUUGCUAACCCAAACCAAAACAAACGAUUCAUCUGCCACCGAGCGGUGUGUCGUCUCAAACCCUGCGAAACCCACCACCCAUUCGACGUUUUGCUACGAUGCGCAGCCUUCUGACGGGAGUCCUCCGGUCUUCCAAGUCUUCGAUCUCACGAUCUUCUCUCUGCCGCUCUCCUCUUCCUCCUCCCUCCCUUCCUUGUUUUUCUUCUCGCAAGCCCUACUUCCGCGUUGGUGGCUUCUUCUCCCACGAGACCUUAACACAGAAGGCCAUUCCAGGCGAUUUCCUGAAAUGGGCAGCGAUGGGCUUCCAGCGAGGGUCGAGAUUCGCCGCCGGUUACACCCCUCUUCAGCCCAAGCCCUUGGACUCCAUCAUCGACAUCGAAAGGGCCAAAACCCGCUCGACCGAGGACCUCGUUUCCAUCUGGGAUGACUAUCAUUUGGGAAGAGGUCAUGUAGGUGCAUCCAUGAAAGCUAAGUUGUACCAUCUAAUGGAGCAAAGAUCAAUUAAUUGCCGGCAUUUCGUUAUUCCUUUGUGGAGAGGGAGUGGCUAUGCCAAUAUGUUCAUUCAAGUGCAGAUGCCACACAUCCUCUUCACUGGCCUUGAGGAUUAUAAGGCGAGAGGAACACAAGCAAGUCCUUAUUUCACUGUCACCCAUUACACAGAGUUUUCAGAAAGCAAGGAUGUGGUGCUAAUUCGUGGUGAUGUCGUGUUUACCAGCAAGCUCAGUGACUCAGAGGCAAGAUGGCUUCUGGAUACUGUUCAAUCUUUCUAUCUGAAUGAUGUGCGGUACAAGCUUGUCGAGCGGUUCAACAAAGAGACCCAUGAGUUUGAGUUCAAAGAUGUUCUCCAGGCACUUGAAAUGCCCACAGUGUGAUUCCUACCUGACUCAUUCUGUUUUCUGAAAAUUAUCCUUUUUCUUCUUAGCAAAGAAGUUAUUAAUGGAGAGCAAAUCAUUAGGGAAAUGAUAUUUGUUUGUUGCAACCGUCCAUUUUUUCCUGACAUCUGUGCCAUGGUUGAAAAUGGGGUGAGGUAUUGGGGUUUGUUAUGUUAUUUGAUGGAAGGUAUUUAGCUUCAUUUUUGCC